AUGGCCGCCGCAGAGGACAGCCCGCCGCCCUUCGCGUCCAGCAAGAUGCCUGAGGGGAUGGCAGCGGCCCGGGUGCAGGGUGGCGGGGGGGAGCAGGCCGUGCCUCUCCACAGGGCCCUCACGGACGCCCUGCAGAGGAGGCUGAGUGCUGAGGGCGACGAGGACACUGAUGUUCUUAGACGCACGUCCCCACAGGAGCCCCACGCCUCAGCGCUGCCGCCCUCCCCGCCCCCGCAUCCCCACCGCACCCCCAGCUCCAUGCGACACACCCCAGACCGCAGUCCAAGACGGAGCCCCACCGCCCACACGCCCGAGGAGGACCGGCCGCCCAGCCCCGCCGCCCACACUCACACCCGCAGCAGGGCGCCCCUGGCCUUCUCCAUUGACAGGAUCAUGGAGCCCACGCCCAAGCGGGUCAAGGUGACGGAGGCAGCCUCCCCAACCCCCACCCCAGUACGACCCUUAGUGGCAAGACGACCCCUGGACCCCAACACCUUCCACGACCCCCACGCCAGCCUGCGAGACCUUCACGAUCCCAGACUGGCGGGGCUGAGGGCACUGUACGACCACCACCACCACCACCACCACCCGCUUCCCCAGCAGCAGGGGCGCGCUAAGGAGCUUCUGCACGACCCCCGGGCCAGGGACCUCCUCGCCCACUACCUUUCCUCUACCAUUACUACCAGACCCUCCCCCUCCGCCUCCACCACCUCACAGCCCGCGCCGCUACCCCCGCCGCCCGCUGCUGCCCACCUCAGCCCCGCGCCCGCCCACAGACUAACGCCCCACGCCCUCUCAGCCUUCACACGCCUCGACCUCCUGAAGGGGCGGACGCAGGCACAGACCCAGACCUCCCCCGCCCCCUCCCUCGUCUACACCUCCGCGACGACGAAGACCACCUCAGACUCCCCGGUGCCACGCCCUUACGACCUCUCCAUGACGGGCCCCGCUGCCCUCUCCCGCACCACCAUCGUCACCACCACCACCACGACCACCACCACCACCUGUACCACCACGCCCCCCUCCCCCGCUCGCUCCUCCUCCCCCAGAGUACCCGAAGAGACCAGACCAUGUUCAUCUCCAGCCACUUCCCCCGCCCCCCAGCAUCUGCCGCUCCCUGCCCCGGGGGUGGGAGGGGCGGGGAGGCCUGGGGAAGGGGGUACAGGGGGUAUUAGUCGCCCCGGGCCCCCUAUCGCCGCCCCCCGCUCACCGCCGCCCCCCCAGACAGCCAAGCCCCUCAGGGUGACGUCACCGCCUACACCUGCAGGCAGAGGAGUACCCACGCCCUCCCCCGCCCACACCUCCGCCCCCACCACGCCCGCCAGCACCAGCCUCGCCACCAUCGCCACGAACACGCCCGGGGUGGUGGUGGCUGAAGUGGUAGGCGCCAAGAAGAGUGUGGGCGUGGUGGGCGGGAGCGGGGGCGGGGGCGUGGGCGGGGGAGUGGGCGUGGGCAAGGCGCAGAAGACGUUUACGUGUCCAGAGUGUGGCAAGAUUUUCAAUGCGCACUACAACUUGACACGUCACAUGCCUGUACACACCGGCGCCCGCCCCUUCGUGUGUAAGGUGUGUGGCAAGGGGUUCCGUCAGGCGUCCACGCUGUGCCGCCACAAGAUCAUUCACACCUCGGAGAAGCCGCACAAGUGCCAGACGUGUGGGAAGUGUUUCAACAGGUCCUCCACGCUCAACACGCACGUCAGGAUCCACCAGGGGUACAAGCCGUUCGUGUGUGAGUUCUGCGGCAAAGGCUUCCACCAGAAGGGUAACUACAAGAACCACAAGCUGACCCACUCCGGCGAGAAGGCGUACAAGUGCCACGUGUGCAACAAGGCCUUCCACCAGGUGUACAACCUCACCUUCCACAUGCACACCCACAACGACAAGAAGCCCUUCCAGUGCUCCAUCUGCGGCAAGGGCUUCUGCCGCAACUUCGACCUCAAGAAGCACAUGCGCAAGCUGCACGACAACUCGCCCUACACGUCCUCGUCGCCCUCCGUGUCGCCCGUGGCCGAGGGCGCCACGCACGCCGGCUCCUCCACGGUCCCCUUGCCGCGCCAGUUUUCGGUGCUGCCCUCGUUGGUGGGAAGCACCGCCUCGCUGCCUACCAGCAUGGCCGCCCUCACCUCGCUCUCGCACGCGCCCCCCACCAUGCCGCCGCCCCUGCCCUCCCACUUCAUGAACCCCUUCCUCAUCGCGCCGCCCGCGCUGCCUGUCGCCUCGGCCGCGCCUUACCUGCACAAGAUUCCCUCCCUGCUGGGCUGAUGGCUGCUGCUCGCCCACCUGGCCACCGCCUCCUGACGGGCAGGUCACGGCGGCCAGGUCGUCCCUCACGUCAAGCCAAAGACACUUCGUUCCCGCACCGGUGGGCGGCCCGCGCCCCAGACACCAGUGCCCGUCAGCCUCUAGUCCCCCGCUGCCUGGUGGCCGCGGGGUGGCCGGGCACCAGCGCCCAUCCUCGGGCUUCAUUUCAUAUAAUAUCACUCCCGAACACCCGCCCGCCCUUCCCCGCCUCGCCCCGCCCGCCUCGCAGUGCUCAAGACAGUCCCUGAGUCGUCGCCGCCGCUCCCCCCGGACACUCGCUGGGCUACAGAAGCAGCGCGCCUCUUGGCCGUGGUGAGCGGCAGGGGAGGAGCGGCCGGCGAGGGGCGGGACCCCACGUGUGUGCUGGGAGGGUGGGGGCGGGCGGGGCCUUAGCUGUUCCCGCCGCCCCGUGACUCCGUAGCGUCAGGUUGUUAUGUCGUCAGCUGUUCCCUUGCCACGUCUAGUCAGCCGCGUCGUCACGUGACCCUGUACAUACUGUGCAUAGCCCUCAGUGUGCCUCAUGUAUCAUAUACAUGACGGAUGCAUAGACCCUCAGUGUAUAUACCAGACAGUGUCCCAGGCGCCACGCCGCCCUGGCCCGCCGCCCACACCACACACACACACACACACACACACACACACACACACACACACACACAAACACACACACACAAACACACACACUUCUACAAACAUGUUACCUCAGUCAUCUAAACACGAGCCGCGCGUCCAGCCACUCCAUCCCGUGUCCUAGUCGUGGCGAUAACGACCACAAGCCAGGCAGGAGCCAAUCACAGCGAGGAUUACCCGUGACGUCACUAAUCCAAACACUCGGCCUCCACCAAUCCCGAGGCGAGGUCGAGCCGACACUACCGACCAGGCAGCCAAUCAGGUCACCACCGCUCCUCGCUCCCCAGGACAGCACGCCACGAGGACCAAGAACGACCAACACACACACACACACACACACACACACACACACACACACACACACACACACACACACCAAACCAAGCACAGCACACCACACAACAGAACACAACAAAACCAAACACACAAAUAUCACACAAAAACACCCAAUCCUCACUCCCCGGGCCAGUUUGCAAAAUAAAAAGUGAUCACAUCCAUAA